AUGACUAAAAAAAGUCCUCUAAAUAAAGCUUACUGGUCAGACAUGAUUGACGGUUUCAAAUCCACUCCAGAUGACGCACAUUCAGAACAAGAAGGAGAAACCUCCUUCUCAAAUAUAAGGUCUUUUACAUCAUCUCCAAUACCAGAGAAAUCUUCAGACAACAUGACAACAUAUGUAACUGACUCAAAGACUAAAGAAGGAGGUUCAGAAAAGAAUAUUGAAACAACACCGUCUGAACAAUUCUCAAUUGCCAAAGAGGAUAUAAAUGAAAACCUAAAUAAAGAUCUAUCAAUCCGUCACUUAAUUACCCUAGCAGUCGGUGGGUCCAUCGGGGUUGGUUUAUUCGUCAAUUCCGGUGCUGCAUUAGCAUCAGGAGGUCCAGCAUCAUUAGUCAUAGAUUGGGUUAUUAUCAGUACAUGUUUAUUUACAGUCAUUAAUGCAUUAGGUGAACUAGCAGCAGCAUAUCCCGUAGUUGGUGGUUUCAAUGUCUAUAUCACUAGAUUCGUCGAUCCAUCUGUUGCAUUCGCUAUUAAUUUGAAUUACUUAGCGCAAUGGUUAGUCCUUUUACCUUUGGAAUUAGUGGCUGCAUCAAUAACCAUCAAAUAUUGGAAUGAUACAAUUAAUUCAGAUGCUUGGGUCGCCAUCUUCUAUUCCGUUAUCGCAUUAGCUAAUAUGUUAGAUGUCAAAUCAUUCGGUGAAACAGAAUUUGUCUUGUCAAUGGUUAAGAUUCUAGCAAUUAUUGGAUUUACAAUUCUAGGGAUUGUAUUGGCUUGUGGUGGUGGCCCUCAAGGGGGCUUCUUAGGUGGUCAUUAUUGGCAUGAUCCUGGUUCAUUUGUUGGAGAUAAACCAGGAACCCAGUUUAAAGGUUUAUGUUCAGUAUUCGUUACGGCAGCGUUUUCCUAUUCUGGUAUUGAAUUGACAGCUGUCUCUGCUGCUGAAAGUAAAGAUCCAAGAAAGACCAUCCCAAAAGCUACCAAGAGAACAUUUUGGUUAGUCACUGCAUCUUAUGUCACUAUUUUAACAAUCAUCGGUUGUUUGGUACCAUUUGAUGAUCCAAGAUUAUUAAACGGUUCAAGUUCAGUUGAUGCAGCAGCAUCACCAUUAGUUAUUUCUAUCAAAAAUGCUGGUAUUAAAGGUCUAGAUUCUUUAAUGAAUGCCAUUAUUUUAAUAUCUAUUGUUUCUGUGGCUAAUAGUGCAGUGUAUGCCUGUUCAAGGUGUAUGGUUUCCAUGGCUCAUAUUGGGAACUUACCAAAAGUUUUAAGUCGUGUUGAUAAAAGAGGUAGACCUGUCAAUGCUAUUCUAUCCACAUUAUUCUUCGGUCUUCUAUCUUUUAUUGCUGCAAGCGAUAAACAAGCAGAAGUUUUCACUUGGUUAAGUGCAUUAUCCGGGUUAUCUACAAUUUUUUGUUGGAUGGCUAUUAACUAUUCUCAUAUUAGAUUCCGUGCUGCUAUGAAAGUCCAAAAUAAAACUUUAGAUGAAUUACCAUACCUAUCACAAUGUGGUGUUAUAGGUUCCUGGUAUGGUGUGAUUGUAUUAUUUUUAGUCUUGGUUGCAUCCUUUUGGACCUCAUUGUUUCCACUAGGAAGUGGUACAGCAGAUGUCACAUCUUUCUUCGAAGGUUAUUUAUCUUUACCAAUUUUAAUUGCUUGUUACGUUGGCCAUAAGUUAUACGUAAGAAAUUUGCAAGUACUUGUUAAAUUAGAGGAUAUGGACCUUGAAACAGGAAGAAAACACAUAGACGCACAUGAACACAGGGCUGAAAUCCUGGCAGAAAAGGCAGCAUUAUCACAAAAAUCAUUCAUUAAAAGAUUCUGGCAUGUUUGGUGUUGA